AUGCCGAAAGCUUUGAGAAGUGACGCGAGAAACAUUAUUUUAAAAGUGUUGGCCUUUAUGGAGGAAGAAAAACGUCUCCAAGCCCCAAUAAUACCAUUUCAAAAACUGUAUGAUCGAGUAGCGGCUGCCACAGGUGUUGGUGAGCGCUUCGUGCGUAACUUAGUUAAAGAAAAAGAACAGGCUGAUGCAACCGGAACGAAAAUUUCUACUCCUGGGAAAAAACGGCUAAGAUUGAAGGGGAAGAUUGAAGUUGACGAAUUUGACUUGGGUGUCGUAAGACGAAAAAUUCAUGAGUUUUACUCCAUGAAGAAAGAAAUACCCACUCUUCAAAAACUGCUCCUUGUUUUACAAGAAGAAAUUGACUUCAAAGGAAGCCGAGAAACGCUCAGAAAAAUAUUGAGAAAAAUUGGUUUUCGGUACAAGAAAACUCAAUCAAACAGAAAAGUUCUCAUUGAACGCAAUGACAUAUGUGCUUGGAGAGCAACAUACCUCCAAAAAAUUAAGAAAAACGAACUUAGCGAACAAAAACCAAUCGUAUAUUUGGACGAGACAUAUAUUCAUUCUUCGCACACUGUCGGACGCACUUGGCAGAGUGAUGACAUGGAUGGUGUUUUGAACCCAGUUUCAAAAGGUAGCAGGUGGAUAAUUGUUCAUGCUGGAGGAGAAAAAGGAUUUGUACCUAACGCUUUACUGACAUUUAAAUCAAACACAAAAAGUGGUGACUAUCAUCAUGAGAUGAAUAAUGCAAACUUUAAAAAGUGGGUAAUCGAAAAACUUCUUCCCAAUUUACACGAGAAUACAAUUAUUGUGAUGGACAAUGCCCCCUAUCACAGCAUUUGCAUAAACAAAUGCCCUAAUUUAAACACAAAAAAAGGUGACAUGCAAAAAUGGCUCACUGAAAACAAUAUAGAAUACAAUGAGGGUUUUACAAAACCCCAGCUAUAUGAAUUAAUAAAGAGGCACAAACCAGCACCAGAGUACGAAAUUGAUAAUUUGCUCAAAAAUCACGGACACACUAUUCUUAGAUUGCCACCAUAUCACUGUGAUCUGAACCCCAUAGAAAUGAUUUGGAGUUCCAUGAAACGUCAUGUUGCCGACCACAAUAUUGGAAAAAGUGAUUCAGAAAUGCCGCAAUUAAUAUCAAAUGGAUUUAAUGCAAUAUCGGCAGAAGAAUGGCAAAAGCAUUGUGGACAUGUGAAAAAAAUUGAAAACGAAUAUAUAGAUAAAGAUGGUUAUUUAGAUGAACCGUUCAUCAUUACUUUGAACAAUGACAGUGAAAGUGAAAGUAGCGAUUCCGAGGAUGAUGAAACAG